CCUGAUAACAUCUCCAUGGAAGUGUAAAACACUUUUAAAAACCAGUGUUUUCUGCUCCAGAUUGGUAAAAGCAGACAGUUUUAAAGAAAUAUUACUUUUUUAACUUGGAUUGCAGCAAGUUACCAGAAAUCAGUUGCUUUAAAUUUCUCUGCAGGAUCAAUAUACUGAUCACCAUGACAACCAAGCAGAUGCCUUUAUCACAAGAGACAUUAGCUCAGUUCAAUCAAGCUCUGUCUGGAGAUGGGUUGGGACCACGCCCUCGUGCAAGAUCCAUUUCCACCCGCAGAAGUUCUCAAUCGAUGGAUAUUCACACUGGCAAACAUCAUCCACAUCUGAAGAACAUGGAUGGAAGACCACAUAUGCCAUCCCGAAGGAGUUCCAUUAUAAGCUCUAUGAAUGUGCCGUUUUCUCACAGAGGCUCUGUGAUGCUGGGCAAAAGGCAUUCCAUGAGUUGGAUGACCUGUGGUCAGGUCAGUUUCUCUGGAUUGCCUCUGUACCAACCCAUCAGAGAAGUAAGGUAUGAAAACACUUACAAAGCUCAGCCAGAUGAAGGGAGCAAGUUUGAUGCCGACAAAAUCCAAAAGGUUUUGGAGGCCACACUUACAAGCUACCUGGCUGACAACAAGUACAAUCCUGUAACAUCUGUGCAGCUAGUGCAGAGUUUGACAGACCUCAUCAGGUUGAAGGUGAAGGAUAUCAAUGCCCCUCGAUACAAGCUGGUAUGCAAUGUGGUAUUGGGCCAGCUAAAUGAUCAGGGAAUGCAAAUUGUCAGUCGCUGUCUGUGGGACACAAACACUGACAAUUAUGCCACGGCCACUUACAAAAACUCUUCACUUUUUGCUGUUGCAACUGUGUAUGGGUUAUAUUUUGAAUAACUAACAUACCUGAACAGACAAUCCUGCUGUUAUAUUAACAAUUUUUUUCCUACAUGUGACGAAAAGCAAAGUACACCUGUACCUGGAAAAAGGAUUGCUAGAAGUUCUCAAUCACCAAACAUGAAAUUUUCAGCGGUUGCUAAAUAUACAUGUAGGUUUACUAGAACGUCAGACUAGACUUGAACAGUGAAAUUAUUAGGAAAGAUCAAACUGAUUUGUAGUUGUUGAAAUUUGAAAAAUUAGUGAGAUUUGAUUGAAGCUUCCAAAAUUUUGGUUACACAGAUUGUCAAAAACUAUUUCUGAAGAAGAAUCCUGACCCAAAACGUUGCUUAUCCAAUGUCUCCAGAGAUGAUGCCUGGCACACUCAGUUACUCCAGCACUAAAAGCAAGAUUCCAGCAUCAAAGGUACCUUGUGGCUGACUAUUUCUGCUAGUUGGCAAGUCUAGUGCGAAAGAACACAUCUUAAAAAAUCUGAACUGGCCUCUAGAAAGUGAAGUAGCAAAACCCUUUUAAACAGAGUGAGUAGGGAGCAACUGCAGAUGUUGGUUGAACCAAAGACAGACACAAAAAGCUGGAGUAACGCAACAGGUCAGGCAGCAUCUCAGGAGAAAAGGAAUCAGUGACGUUUCAGGUCGAGAGCAUGCAUCAGGUGAGACCAGUUGAAAUUCGGAUCCUCUUCAGUUUGUAUUACAUCAAAUGUAAACUUUAAAUCUGUGAUGGUGUGGAGGUCCCUGGAGAUUAGGCCACUCCUUGGGUCACCAGUUGUAGUGGCCUGGACGAGGUCAGGAAAAGGAUAGAUGCCAGGCAGGUUCGAAAGUCCUUUAAUGAAGCAUGGCAAACAUGCAGAUCACCCCCGAGUUGGAACCGGGAAACCAUGUGGGAGGACAACCGUCCCUGUCCCUCAAGAGCCGAGGGGGAUGACCCAAGGAGUGGCCCAAUCUCCAGGGACCGCCACAAUGGAUAGCUUUUGGCUUUGGUAUCAGCAGACAUGAAGGAAAGAUGAUCGGAGAUCAGCCAUAAUCUCAUUGAAUGAUGAAACAGGCUUGAGGG